CAACAGACCAGAUGAGGACGGACGUGACGCGGAGCAAGAGGACCUCCUUAUUUAUCGCCAUUUUCACGCCUUUCCUGACCUCUGCCGCCCUUCCCCGCCUCACAGUUUAUUCCUAAGGCCUAAAGAUGGCGGAGGAGAGGGUGACGGUGAUCAUUAAGGCGGCCAACCAGAGCAGCCCAGACCAGCGCGUGGAGUGCGACGCCCGCUGGUCCGUCCUCACCCUCAAGUCCCACCUGGCCGGCACGCACCCAGCACGACCGAGAGCCGAGGAGCAGAGACUAAUCUAUUCCGGCCAGCUUCUUCUCGACCACCUCCUCCUCUGUAACGUCCUUCGCCGACCCUCUGAGGAUAACGCGUACACCAUCCACCUGGUCUGCUCUCCUCCGCCUGUGACCGUGGCAGCUAGUGGAGUGGCCGUGGAGGUGGCAGGUGGAGUAGGAGUGAGAGGAAGAGGCGGAGGAGGAGGGGGUACUGGGUCUUCCUCCACUUCUUCAUCUUCUUCUAUACAGCAGUCUCAGUCUUCUCCUCCUCCUGUGAUGCCUGAUUCCACCUCCUCCUCCUCCUCUUCCUCCUCCUCCUCCUCCUCGACAGCGCAAGAUGGACCGAUGACCGGAGAAUUUACAGACGGUCUCAGGCGACGUCACCCGGCCGCCCCCGCCCCCGCCGCCCCGCCCACCAUCGCAGAGCCGCCAGCGUUCCUACAGGUGGGCGGUAUGCUUCAACCCAGCGCCGACCCCAUGCACCAAGUAGCCGCAAUGCAACAGCUCUACGCACAUUACAUGGCUUACGUCCAGUAUAUGCAGAUGGGAGGGGGUGUUGGCGGCCUCCCCUGGCCCCAACAAAUGAUACAGAUCCCACCCCCACCAAACCCCGCCACCACCACCACCACCACCACCGAGCCGCCCCUGGACCAGCCCCCUGCCCCGCCGCCCCAGCCUGACGACCCCUUGCCCCAGCCCAUGCCCCAGCCCCAGCAGCCCAUCAGGAUGAAUGCUCAAGGGGGCGAGGUUGACGAGGAUGACGAGGAGGGCGCUGGGCGAGACUGGCUGGACUGGGUGUACAUGUUAUCGCGCAUGAUGGUCCUGCUCUUCAUCGUGUACUUCUACUCCACUCUGUCGCGUUUCAUGAUGGUCGUGUUCAUCGCCAUGCUGCUAUACCUGUACCAAGCAGGGUGGUUCAGACCAACCCGGCGCCCAGACCAGCCACCGGUCCCUCCACCACAACAACCACAACCUCAACCGCAGGACGCCCAGGCCAACCCAGCGCAACCCAACAACAACAACACGCCGACGGUUCACGAGGAAGAGGAGGACGAGGAGGAGGAAGACGAGGAGGAGGAAGAGGAGGAGGAGGAGGGACUGGUGAGGAGAGGGGAAGGAGGGGAGGAGAGAGAGAUGGUCAUACGGCCCUCCCUUCUCUCCCUUUCCUGGACAUUCCUCACCUCCUUCUUUACCUCCCUUAUUCCAGAGCAGCCGCAGGGGAUCUGAGGCUGAGAGAGAGAGAGUGAGCGAGCGAGAGAGAGCGAGAGUGAGAGAGAGAGAGAGAGGUUGAGUUGGUAAGACUUAUUUUGAUAUUCACAUUAUUUUUUGUGUUGGCAACUGUGCAAGAGAGAGAGAGAGAGAGAGUUUGUAAGACUUAUUUUGAAGUUUGUGUUAUUUUUUGUGUUGGGAAUUGUGCAUGUCUGAGAGAGAGAGAGAGAGAGAGAGAGAGAGAGAGAGAGAGAGAGAGAGAGAGAGAGAGAGAGAGAGAGAGAGAGAGAC